CACUAUUAUAGUCCGAGAUGAGGUUAACUAUGUAGACAUGGGCUUCACAGAGGCGUGAAAUACAUACCUAAUCUUACCUACAUAGCACCAAAAGUACAUGGUAUGGAAUACUUUUAGUGCUGAGCGGCUGCCUGUAAGCAAAUGCGAUCGGCAGCGGGAGACUCAGCCGCACACGGAAUGGGACUACCCUCACCCCAUGUCAUUCGUCGGCCAUGGACUUUCUCAUUCUAUCCCGGUUCUUCCUAGGGGAUUCUAUUAUUGGGAGCCGUCCCGGUUAUCCAUCAUGGGUACCUACAUUAACUGGGCCGCUGUCGGUAUUACAUAUAACUCGCCAUGUCCGCCCCCAUUGCGGAGAAGAAAGCUUGAUUUCAGCUGUGUUGUGUAGGAAUAGUCUUUUUUGCUCAAUAUUCUCAUCAUGUCUCUACAGCGCUCCGGGACGCGGAAGGCGCCCUCAGGGCCUGCGCGACGGAAGAAGGACUAUGAUAUUGUGCAGCAGGGAAUCAAGGAGCUGUAUCCACUUGAUAAGUCCAGUGUCGAGCCAGAGAUUGAUAUCGUCUUCGUGCCCGGUCUGGGGGCUCACCCGGAGGAUAGCUGGAAGUCGGAGAGUACCAGCUUCAAUUGGACCACAGACGGUCUGGUUAGAGAUUUCCCCCGUGCUCGAAUCUUGUUGUAUAUGUACGAGUCAGCAUGGAACGGCUCUCUCAAAGUGAAGCAGUUCAUGAGCAAUAUCGCCAUGACAUUGCUCAAUGGAUUAAGAAGCAAAAGACAGGGUCGCGUCCAACGACGUCCAAUUAUCUUCAUUGGCCAUAGCAUGGGUGGCCUUGUAGUUGCGAAAGCCAUCACUAUCGCGGAUGCGCGACGAGAUAAGUUUCCCAUCAUGUUCGAAGCCAUCGCGGCGGCCAUCUUCUUCGGAACCCCUUUCAACGGCGCGCCAGUUGCCUCCGUAGCUGCCAUGUAUUCACACUUCGCCGAGAAGGCUGGAGCAGCUACCUCAUCUAAGCUACUAGAGCUGAUGAAGCCUGGGGAGGAAAGUCUUCGCGAGCUGAAGCACGAGUUCAUGCGACUUGCUGGGAAGUUGAACCCCAAGAUCGACUUGAUGUGCUUCUACGAAGAGCAGCCGACCGACUUUUCUAAGAUGGCUGGCCUGCCAAGUCUCUUCGGUUUGACCAAGAUGGCAAUUCCCAAGGAGUAUGCCGAGUUCGUCAGCCGUGACUCUGCGACUCUCCCAGGUGUUGACGAGCAAGGUCUAGCUUGUAAUCAUCGAAACCUUGUCAAGUUUGACGGACCGAAGGACGAUCGCUGGAGCCAGUUCGUCAAAGAUCCUCUGAAGCGAAUCAUACAUGGCGCUCAGCUGGCUGUCAAGAACCGUCUAAAUUCAGUUCGUGAUAUCGACCGUACCAUGAUCAACAGCAUCAUGGAAGUGUUCGACGGCGCGUCAGUAUCCAAGAAGCGCAAGACGCUAGCGCAAACAUUUGCCCCAUCUUCUUGGAUCAUGAAAGAAGCGGAGUAUAAGCAAUGGCUAGACGAACCUGCGUCGGAAGAUGAGAACCGUGUGGUUCGCUCAGCGGAUUGCUUAUGGAUCCGAGGCCCGGAAGGUAGAGGCAAGACUAGCGCGUCUCUGGCAGCUGUCGAUGAGAUCGAGAUACUCAAAGACAAGGAGGAUACAGAUCAAGGGCAAAUCCUUCUCGCAUACUUCUUUUGUGACUCGACGACAGACUAUUCAACCGCCGAGGACUUGUUGAAGAGUCUGGUGACGCAACUCAUCAAUCAACAAGAGACCCUGGCUUCUUAUGCCAAGGCGUUUGCUAAGAAGAAGGGCGAAGCAACCAAGUCCCAAGCACAAGUGACGGUAGAGAACCUGUGGCAGACUCUUCAGGACAUGCUUACGGACGAGUUUAUUGGCAGUAAGGUUAUCUUCGUCUUGAAUAACCUGCAUGCACUACCUGAAGACUCAGAUUCAACCAUCAAGCUGAUGAAGUACCUGAACGCUGAGCUGCAGAACAUGAACAGCACGGACACAAAACGUGUAUCCACAAGAUGGAUGAUCACAAGCAGAGAAGCCCACAACAUAGGCGACGCACUGAAUGUUGAGGGGGUCCGGCUGAUCGAUCUCGAGGACGAGAAGUACGGAGACCAAGUGCAGAUGGCGUUGCGAAAACGCGCCAAGGAGCGGAUUUCGACACUGGAGAAGGAGAAGAACUACAACAAAGCCCUGUCGUAUUUCGCGAGCAGUCUCAUUGGGCGACGUGCUACAAACACCCAAUGGAUCGACAUCACCUGCGUCCAGCUCCAGGAGCUUCCACAGAAGGAGAGCGACCUGAAAGUGCGCCGGGUGCUGGAACGAAUGCCUCAAGAUCUGACCACGCUUCUCAACAACGCAUGGCUGCAGAUCUUCAAAGCCAACGAGAAGGAUGUGGAGAAGAUCAAGGAGAUGCUGCGCGCGCUUGUGCUCACGUACGAAGACCCCACCGAGACGGAACUGGGCGUGCUGGCCGGCCUCUCCUCGAGCGAAGAAGAAAAGGCGGAACUGCGCAAGUUCGUCGAGAAGUGCAAGCCACUCCUCGUGACCAAGCGGCCGAGUAACACAAUUUGCUUCCUCAACGUCGUGGUCAAGACGCAUCUUCUGGAGAAUGCGAAACAGCUUCUCGGGAUGUCUAACGAGGAGAUGAAGUGGCAGCACGGUGUUCUUGCGCUCCGGUCGUUCUCCCAUGUGAACGAGUGUUUCAAUUUCCCGAAGAAAGAGGAGCCGGUUGAGGAAGAGAAUGAGGAAGGGAAGGAAGACGGAAGUGAAGAUGGGGAUGAUGAAGACAAUGACGACGAUGACGAUGGAGAAGACGACGACGAAGACGGCGAGGAUAGUGAUGAGGAAGAUGACGACGAUGAUAAUAGCGAAAGCGAUAAUAGUGAAGAUGAGCCGGAUCCCGAAGCCGAUAUUCUCCACGAUCUAGCCUUGCCAUAUACUGUCAAGUAUUGGCUUCGUCAUGCCAGUAAAGCCACGCGCGAGAUCGCCGAAGAUCUUAGUCUAGAGCAGGAGUUUUGGAAGCCGGAUUCGAUUAUACGCCAUCGCUGGCUCGUGGAAUACUGCCGUAUGACCAGCACCUUUGACGACUUUGAUUACAAGACGUUGACUGGUCUGCAUAUCGCUUCUUCCGUCGGAUUCAAAGAGCUCGUGGUGGCGCUGAUUCGAAAUGGCUACGAUGGCCAAAUCAUGACGCGUGACUCAUUGGUUAACUCACCGCUACAUCUUGCUGCAUUCUUCGGACGCCCCAAGAUUGUCGAGGAGCUUCUCAAUAAAGGAGCUGUGAUCGACGACGCCGAUGAAAUCCAGGAGCAGACGCCUUUACACAUGGCAGCCUUCGGUGGCCACAUUGAGGUCAUGAAGAAGCUACUAUUGAGAGGGGCAAACCCUAACGCUACAUCUAAUGACAUAGGCCCUGUGGUGAAUGCCGCGAUCUCAUCCGGCAACCGAGCCUGUGUCGAACUGCUCGUUGAGCGUGGAGUCUCCUUGACGAUAGACCGAGAUGACCUCGAAGCACCGCUAGCUCUGGCCGCUCUAUUGUCCGAUAUUUCGAUGUUCGAAUAUCUGAUUGAGCAAUACGCCUCUAAAUUGCCUGCUGAAGAGUACAGCAAAGCGUUCGUCAAAGCCGCGGAGGCAGGCCGUAUGGAAGUCUUCAAUAGGCUACUCGACUUCGAGCACACGCAAGAAUACUUCCAAAGGGCCCUAGAUGCUGCUGUAAGCGAAUGGAACUGGGAAGUUGUCACAACCCUGCUGGAGAAGCGCACUGAGCUUAACUGCGAUGGCGUCUUCUACCAAGUAGCUACGGGUACUGAGCCUCAGGACAAGCUUCUCGAAGUGGUCUGGGAUUAUGCCCAUGGCUCCAUAAGCCGGGAAACCCUCAACAAAUCCUUGUAUGAUGCCACGGAUAGAGAAAAGGAGUCAACAGUGGAGGUGCUUCUGGAGAAAUAUGGAGCGGAUCCCAACGCUACCGGUGAAGAAUAUGGCAAUGCUCUCACAGCUGCCGCGUACGACGGAACCAUGAACAUCAUUCAGCUACUCCUCAAGGCUGGUGCCGAUGUCAACGCGCCCGAGGGAUGGGCAAUUCAAGCAGCCUCUACUGAGGGCCACUACGAUGUCGUCGCAGAGCUCCUAAAACGUGGCGCCGACGUCAAUGCCUUUACCCAUAACGAGCACUUCGCCGCUGGAACCGCGCUCCAGGGGGCCUGUGAGGCGGGGAAGACGGACAUAGUAUCGCUGCUCCUUGAGCACAACGCAGAUCCUAAUAUCGGAGGAGGCUCUGACGCGCCGCCAAUUCUUGCAGCUACAACUCGCGCAGAAGAGGACAUUCUGGAACUCCUAGUUAAAGCGAAAGCUCGCUUGGACGUUCUCGGUGCUUCGGAGAGUCCAUCCACACCGCUGAUUUGUGCCGCUGCCUAUAUGCCCCAGUCGUCGCUCCAGAUCCUACUUGACGCUGGCGCUGAUAUCAACCUCCCCGACAACGACGGAGACACGGCUCUCAUUGUCGCUGCAUCUAGGGGAGACGAAGAAGCCGUUUCGUUCCUGCUCAAUAACGGUGCCGACAUCAUGCACUCGAACAAGGAAGGCAACAAUGCUCUCCAGGAAGCAGUUCAAAAUGAGAACGAGGAAUGCGUGAAGGUUCUUGUCGACCGCGUUUCGCAACUGCUAGGAGCUCUGAGAACUGCCAUGGACUCUGGUAACAGUGCUGUUACUAGUGUGGUACGAGGUGUGUUUAGCAAGGAGCAAGCGCUUAACUACGACGACGAGACCCAUGAAGAAGAAGCCCACGAAGACCGGGCUCUUACACCAGUCCAUGGAUCAGGAAGCGAGGGAGGAAGUAAGACAGGAAGUGAGGCAGGCAACGAAGCAGCCGAAGAUGAUAAUGAACAGCCAGAAUCUCCGGAAGAGCAUUCCGGUUUCAGCAAAAUAUCCCAAGAGCUCAAAUCUGCAUUAGCCAACCAGGCCGCCCUUUGGAGCGAAAUCACAAGCAAACCUUCGUCGCCAGAAGACGGCGAACAGGAGCGCGAACCUUACCAGCCAGUUGAGCAGUACGAGGAGCAACACACUCCACCCCUUGAACUGAACCAAAUAUCCUAUGACGCAGAGCCAGUUCCGGAGCCAGCUCCAAGUGUUCAACUCUCCGACCCGGUCGCAGAACUCCCCGCUCAAACAUAUAUCAAGAGAAAGCCGGCCCCUUCAUCGCGUAGCAGCUCCGCGCAAUACAACCGCACCCCGUCACCGAAGCAAUCCGACCUCUCUUUCGGCGACUUCUCCAUGCCACCACUCGGCGGCAACGGGCAGAACAUAGUCGCGUACCAGCCCAUCCAGGACUCAGCCCCUCCACAGCCGCAAGCAGCGCCCGCCUACCAACCCCCACCGAACCAAAACACGUCUCCGCAGCCCUCGCCUUCGUUCCAGGCACACUCGUACACGCAGAGCCAGUCGUCGCAGCUGGCGAACACGAACCAGUACCAAGCGCCGGGCCACUACUCCAGCGGCAGCCUACCGUACAACAACGCCAACGCCAGCCCGAACUACGGGAUCGCGAGCCAGUACGGGGCCCCGCCCCAGCCGACCGCCUCCUUCGCCGCGUACAACCCAGACUCGUAUAGCCAGCAGCAGGCGCCGCCGCAACGGCCGCCGAAGCAGGAGCUAUACUACGGGCAGCAGCAGCAAGGGGAUUCAGCGGCGCUGGGAGGGUAUCAGGGGCAGGCUUACCAGCCACAGGCGCAGCAGGAGUGGCAGCAGGGAGGAAACUACGGGAAUGGGAAUGGGGUGUACGGGGGAAGUGGGAAUGGAAAUGGAAAUGGGAGUCAAUGGGACCUGGCGGCGCGGCCGCCGCUGAAGCCGCAACGGUCAUCGUUUUUUUCGGCGGGAGGGGUCAAGAGUACGCUGGAUAAGGCGAAGUUUAUGGGGAAUGGGAUGUUUGGGAGGAAGUAGGGUGUAGGAGGUAGGGGGUAGGGCUAGGUAUGGGAGAUUGUAUGAUACGUGGCUAUGAGGGGCAUUGGCAUGACUGAGGCGCAUGGGUAUGUACUUACGUGAUGGAAAGGUUGCUCAUUGAGGUUGGUGAUUUUGUGUCAUUGGAUUGUAUUCUGGUGUUUUUGGAGGGUUUGUCUCCGGUGGAAUCAUCAACGUUGGGGUGUAUGGUGGAAAGACUCAGAGGAUUGGUAAAUAACUAUUCAUUGUUAGGUACUUGUCUAGUUUAGGACAGUGUCCAUUGAUACAUAUGCUGCAUAAUGUAUAAACACAUGCAUAACUCUUGGCGAAGCUGAUGAACUGCGGCGCACUUGCCAUUCCCCUUGGUUGAAUGGUGUAGGUUAGUAACUUGGAAGGAGGAGAUUUUUAGAUACGCCCUUGCUCACGUGCGUACCUACCUAAAAUGGAUUCCAUCCCAUCUUUCCAGCGAUCUGAAUGGAUGGUCGUUUGAUUAGAGUUUAUAGAUUCCGUUUGCUACACGAUCGAUUUCCUGAUUAA